CCCACACCCCCAACACUCACCAGGCACAGCACGCACCAGGCUGUAAGCCUUGCAGUUUCUAAAGCCUCGCUGGCCUUCAAGCACCAAAAUUACAUGCUGCCUUGUGGCUAGCCAUGGUAUCUACCCUGGAGAAAUUCAUUCAUUCUCUGGACCCCAGAGCCCUUCCGAGGGUCCUUCAGAUUCAGUCAGGCUUCUAUUUCGAAGGUUCCAUCUAUGAAAUGUUCGGAAAUGAAUGCUGCCUGUCAACAGGAGAAGUGAUUAAAGUUAUUGGCUUCAAAAUUAAUAAGCUCAUAGCAAGUAUCUGUGAGAAUAAUGAAGACAGCCAGUUUUCUGCCAAAGUGGAAUUACCACUAAAUUUUCCUGGUCUUUAUAAGAUUGUGGCAGACAAAACACCAUAUGUCAGCGUUGAAGAAAUUACAAGAAAAGUCGCUAUUGGGCCAACAAGAUUUGGCCAUCCAUGUUUCUACAGCCCUGAGGAUAUAAAACUGGCAAACCUCACAAUCAAAAAGGGUGAGCAGAUCACCUUCAAUUCUGUGGAAGAGAUCAAUGGAACAAUGGCUGUGAGCUGUGUUAUGGUCAGAAACAACCGGUCUCAUUCCUUUAUUUUGCCCCUAUCACAAAAAGGAAAAUUCUAUGAGUGUGAAGAUGACCAGAUAUACACCCUAAAAGAGAUUGCAGAAUGGAAAAUCCCUAAGUGCAGAAGCCGGAUUGUCAAACUUUCCAACACUUUACAUAUGUGGAACUCCUCUAAUCCACUUCCUGAGAAUUUCGGUGGCUACUUGGUUCUCAUGCCUGUCUAUGAAGUGCAGGCACUAAUGAAAUUUCGUAAGGACGUAGUUCAUAUCCUCUCUGAUCUAGAUGUUGAGGUCAAGGAUAUAACAGACUGUUACGAUACUAGCUCUUUCCUUCAGCCACUGUCUUUGGAAGAUGUAUUUGAGAGAACAAGCAAGGAAUUUCCCAUGAUUGCUGAGAUAAUGGACGGACUUUUAGGAAGCCAGAAACCUUAUAACUUAUUGCAUACAGGGAAAGAGAUUGUCAUCUAUAAAAAGUACCAGGCUACAAGAGUUAUAGCCUCUGAGAUCAGAAGCGAUUCCUCCAAAAGACAUUUUUUAAUCCCUAUGACCUAUAAAGGAAAGUUCAAGAGAAGACCUCGGGAGUUUCCAACUGCCUAUGACUUAGAGAUAGCAAGAAGUGAAAGGGAACAUCUUCAUGUUGUAGCGACUAAAGCCUUUGAUUCUCCUCAUACAGAGCUUUUUUCUGUUUCAGUUGGAGAUCAGUUUCUAGUUCAGCAGUGUCAGACUAGUGAAGUUCUUUAUGAGGGAAGAAAGAAAGUCAUAGAUGUUUUAGCUUGUGAACAAAUACUAAGUAAUGCAUACAAGAAAGUGCUUCUCCCUAUGUACAUGGAAGGUGGCUUUGUGGAAGUGAUUCAUGACAAAAAGCAGUACCAGCUUUCUCAGAUUUGCAAAGAAUUUCAUUUGCCUUUUAAUGUCAAAGUGUCUGUGAGGGAUCUUUCCAUGAAAGAGGAUGUCUUGGCUGCGGUGCCUGGUCUGCAGCUUGAAGAAGAAAUCACAGACUCUUAUCUGCUGAUCAGUAGUGCCAGCAGUCCAAUGGAGAGCUGGGAAAUUCCUGUGUAUCGCUUAAACGUGUUGGUUCAUUUACUCAGCAAAGAUGUCCAGACAGUUGUACCUCCCAUGACUAGGACAACAGUGGAAGAGAUCAGUGAAGAGCAAUACUAUAUGGUACGAAGAUAUGAAAACCAAACCGUACUUCCACCCCCCAGACCUCCCAAAAAGCCAGCGACACUUGCGCAACAACCUGUUUUUGCAGUUUCUGAGCAAGAUGUAUCUGACGUACUACAGGCUCCAAAGCUCAACCAGACAAGGCACAGAAGAGAAAGUAUGCUGUUACCUAAACCAGAGUUUUGUGGCCUUACUGAGGAAAUGCAUGUUCUUCUAUUAUUUGUCUUCAGUCAGUACAGCUCAGCAUUGUUUUUUACUUUACUUUGUGCCACGCAAAUAAAACUUAGUCUUCAUGGAAACUACAGUGUCUGAGAGGAGAAAGAACAAGGCUAAGACUGAGAGUGCUACAAAUGUGAACAGGAGACUCCAAGAGAAUGUGGAAAACGCUUUUAUUUUUGUGGUGGUUGUUGUGCAUUUCUUCUCAAAGUUUUGUGCAUGAGUAGCUGACUGAUAUUUAAUCUUUGACAGAAUAAAUAAAAGUCAAGGUUUUCUUUGGGUGAAGUAUUAGUUAAGAUCAGGAGACUUCUUGUUGCUAAAGCACAAAUGUCAUCCAGUCAUAGACCAGGAGAACUCACAUGCCUCCACAGCCACUCCUGUAUUUUAAAUUUGUGGAGGUUGCCCAGUGGUUUCUAAAGUGCCUAUUAACACACCAUAAACAAACAAAAACAAUAACAUUUGCAGUGGAACUAUUUGGUAAUUUGGUAAUUCAUUUGGUGAAAUAGGAUUUGAAAUAAUACCUUUUACAAUAUAUAACUCAGUCAGCAGCUCUUGAAUGCAUAGAGUUAAUAUUCAUAUUCUUGGGCUAUCUGUGAAAAGGUCAAGCAGGAGACAUUUUAAUCUAUGUUUUCAAUUUGUGGCUAUGGAGUUAUAGUAAUAAAUCAUAGCAGCUUUCAAAAAGAUCAAGACUAACAGUAUUGUGUAACUCUAAAAUUCCAAAGGACAACAGUUUUGACUAGUUUGUUUUUCUUGAACAGUUGAGCACAUUUUCUUUUUUGUUGUGAUAUCUUAUAUAACUCUAACAACAAUAUCUAACAACAUAAAAUGGAUGUGCUAACAACUUCAAAUUAAUAGAACCUUUAAGCUUAUUUCAAAAGACACAUUGCCAGACACCGCCAUCAAAUUUUUCAUUAACUUUUCAAAUGUAAAUGAAAUUUUGCACCUAAGGGCAUGCACAGGACAGCUCUAAGGACACAAGAACACUCUGAAACACUCUGAAACAUUCUUUCACUCAUUUUAAGAAUCCUUCAGGAGUGUUUUGUGUAUUCAGAUGUCCUUAUACAUUGUAUACACCCCUAAGCAAAGCGUCCUGUUUAGGAUAUUUUCAAUAUGUAUCGCUGUUAAGCUGUAACUACAAAGAAACCUCCUCACCAGUUUGAACGUGCCUAUCAGAAGGCCUGUUUCUUCUAGUUGACACAGUUCAUUAGACAGUGCCAAACUGUUUCCUUUUUGAAACCCUGACUACCGGCAUGCUUUUGACUGCUUUACUUACUCUAGCUGCUCAGCUGUGAUUGUGCCUUGACGCCCAUGUGCAGACAAUUUAAGAAAAUUCAGGUGCUUUCAGUUUAAUGGAACUGAAAUUUCUUCCAAGAAUUGUAAAUUGGGAAGAUUUAUUCUGAGAAAGGAAAGAGAGGAAUAUAGCAUGCAUACUUCUUCAGUGCUUAAGAGUCCACAUGUCCUCCUGGAAGCUACAACAUGCCCAUCUAUUGUGGGAAAAACCACAUUCUCAGGUGAUCACUUUCAUCCCAAUCCUAUGAGUUGUUCCAGUGCCUUGUCUUUUCCACUCUCCCACGUUUGUGGCAUGUAUAUUAGAGUCUUAUGGGAUCUGGAAGUUUCCAUACCAAGAAUGAGGUUCAUUUCUGCACAGAAUCAGGCAAAAACACUGUUUAAUUUGCACGUAGGUCAUCAAAACAAUGGUUUGAGGAUUCAUGCUCUUCUGCUCUGCAUAUUUUAUUCCUACUGAACUGAAAAGAUGAUCUGCAAAAGGGUAGAUAUAAGCUUGUAGCAGAAUUCCAUAGUAGGGCUGGGAAAAUGUAGUGUUUCUCAGAUUUGUUUUUCUUAAAUAAAAGUAAACAUUGACAUGCUAAUUCUCUCUAGACAAAGAGAGAAAGAAAGAAUGCAAAUGUGAGAAAAGCCUCCUGUUUUUACAUCUCUUGCAACACUACUAACUGAAGGGUACAUUGAACUGUAGGAUAUCUAACAGAACCUUCUCUAUCCAUCCUUUUACUUUUGUAUCUCUUUUUAUAAUAGGAAUUAUGGGCACAGAUGAAAAGAUUUAUGCACACUUAAAAGAUAAAAAGAGGGUAAAUCCCUCAAAAGUGACAAGUGUGGUUGGUUUCAUUUGUUUAUUUGUUUGUUUUCCAGAUUCUAGUCUAAGCUGUGUUUACUUACUGGUUGAAUCUUUGUUUCAAGUGUUGAAAUUCUUGGAGAGUGCUCUUUUCUCCUGCAAAUGUGCACACACAAUUAAUUAGAAUAGACGAAAGGUGUUUAUUUUGACAGAUUAGCCACACAGCAUAUCUUGUGCUUUUCUUGCAACAAGAUGUAUAUGUAAUCUGCACAGAGGUAGAGUAGCAAUUUGAAUUAAAAUAAAUAAACAGUUCCAGUAACCUCCUAAUACAGUUUUUGUGGCCAGACUGGGGUGGGGGGAAGAAAAAAAGAAUAGCGUUUCAAGAAAUAUUCAUGGUUUGUACUCCUGUUAUGAAUUCAAUAAUUGUAUACUGAAACUUUGUGCAUAUUCCUCUCCUCUCCUCUCCUCUCCAACAGUUUUCACUCUGAGAUAACUUUGGAUAAGCAUUUUAAGAAGAGAGGAUUAUUUACUGGUAUUCCACCAUUAAGAGCACAUUUGUACACUUAACAUUGCAUUUCAUUUGAAAGCUUGUUCAAUUAAGAUUCUAUCUCUACUGUUUUAAACAGCACUUAUGUAGAGAAAGACAUCAAACCCCCAAAAAAGCAUGCUUUUUCAUAUUAGAUUUUGAUUCACUUCUGCCUUGUCAAAUAAGAAAUGCAAUAUUCACCUGUCAAAAAGUUUUUUAGCCACUUAGCCACUUUAGUAUACUUUACAAUAAUAAAAGGUGAUAGAUAACCUCCAUUAGUGAUUUGAUCAGUCUGUGAAAACAUCACUGUCAUUCAACUUGCAGAAUAUGACUGACAAGUAAAAUGCUCCUUGUAAAGCAGAUUCAGUACAACUCCAGAGGAUUAAGCAUUUGGGAGUUCCUAUGUCCAGAACACUACUGCAGUUACUGCAAUUAUAGCACUACUGUUUCUUAUGACUGCAAAUCUAUUUAUCUUCAAAUAACUAAAUAUAAUUAAGUGAAGGAUUCUUCACACACUUCUUGCUUUACAAUUUGCUUUUUGUAAGUCCAUUUGUAUAUGCUUUUUUGGAAGAAACAACACACUGCUAGUAUUUUAAAAUAAAUGAAUUAAUGGUGGGUAAGUUGGAGCACAGUUUUAGGCUUCCCAGCAUUCACUAGGAACAUUUUACAGGUGAAAUGUCUUGAUGUACAUCAGCAGGUGAAAGUACCAUUAUUGAACAUAUCCUGAAAAGAGAAACAAUAAAUAACUAUAUUUCAUUACCUUUGUAGGGCCAUCAGUGUUUCACUGAGAGAUGAAUUGACCAGCUGUAGUCUCUCUGUUUGAUGGAAUCACAACCAGUUGCACUAAAGUACAUAUGCUUUGGCUCUAAGGCAAUCCUGAAUGCAGCCAUUUCUUUCAGUCCUGUGAUCCUGAU